AUGGAGUGGGGCUACCUGUUGGAGGUGACCUCGCUGCUGGCCGCCCUGGCGCUGCUGCAGCGCUCGAGCGGCGCGGCGGCCGCGGCGGCCAAGGAGCUGGCGUGCCAGGAGAUCACCGUGCCGCUGUGCCGCGGCAUCGGCUACAACUACACCUACAUGCCCAACCAGUUCAACCACGACACGCAGGACGAGGCCGGGCUGGAGGUGCACCAGUUCUGGCCGCUGGUGGAGAUCCAGUGCUCGCCGGACCUCAAGUUCUUCCUGUGCUCCAUGUACACGCCCAUCUGCCUGGAGGACUACAAGAAGCCGCUGCCGCCCUGCCGCGCCGUGUGCGAGCGCGCCAAGGCCGGCUGCGCGCCGCUCAUGCGCCAGUACGGCUUCGCCUGGCCCGACCGCAUGCGCUGCGACCGCCUGCCGGAGCAGGGCCAGCCGGACACGCUGUGCAUGGACUACAACCGCACCGACCUCACCACGGCCGCGCCCGGGCCGCCGCGCCGCGCGCCGCCGCCGCCGCCGCCGCCGCCGCCUCCGGGCGAGCAGCCGCCGGCGGGCAGCGGCCACGGCCGCGCGCCCGGAGCCCGGGCCCCGCAGCGCGGCAGGGGCGGCGGCGGGGACGCGGCGGCCGCGGCCCCCGCGCGCGGCGGCAAGGCGCGGCCCCCUGGCGGCGCGGCGCCCUGCGAGGCGGGCUGCCAGUGCCGCGCGCCCAUGGUGAGCGUGGCCAGCGAGCGGCACCCGCUCUACAACCGCGUGAAGACGGGCCAGAUCGCCAACUGCGCGCUGCCCUGCCACAACCCGUUCUUCAGCCAGGACGAGCGCGCCUUCACCGUCUUCUGGAUCGGCCUGUGGUCCGUGCUGUGCUUCGUGUCCACCUUCGCCACCGUGUCCACCUUCCUCAUCGACAUGGAGCGCUUCAAGUACCCGGAGCGGCCCAUCAUCUUCCUCUCGGCCUGCUACCUCUUCGUGUCCGUCGGCUACCUGGUGCGCCUGGUGGCCGGCCACGAGAAGGUGGCCUGCAGCGGCGGCGCGCCGGGCGCCGGGGCCGCGGGCGGCGCGGGGGGCGCGGCGGCGGGCGCGGGGGCCGGGGGCGGCGCGGGCGCGCGCGGCGACUACGAGGAGCUGGGCGCCGUGGAGCAGCACGUGCGCUACGAGACCACGGGCCCGGCGCUCUGCACCGUGGUCUUCCUGCUCGUCUACUUCUUCGGCAUGGCCAGCUCCAUCUGGUGGGUCAUCCUGUCGCUCACCUGGUUCCUGGCGGCCGGCAUGAAGUGGGGCAACGAGGCCAUCGCCGGCUACUCGCAGUACUUCCACCUGGCCGCGUGGCUCGUGCCCAGCGUCAAGUCCAUCGCCGUGCUGGCGCUCAGCUCGGUGGACGGCGACCCGGUGGCGGGCAUCUGCUACGUGGGCAACCAGAGCCUGGACAACCUGCGCGGCUUCGUGCUGGCGCCGCUCGUCAUCUACCUCUUCAUCGGCACCAUGUUCCUGCUGGCCGGCUUCGUGUCGCUGUUCCGCAUCCGCUCGGUCAUCAAGCAGCAGGGCGGCGCCACCAAGACGCACAAGCUGGAGAAGCUCAUGAUCCGCCUGGGGCUCUUCACGGUGCUCUACACCGUGCCCGCCGCCGUCGUGGUCGCCUGCCUCUUCUACGAGCAGCACAACCGGCCGCGCUGGGAGGCCACGCACAACUGCCCCUGCCUGCGCGACCUGCAGCCCGACCAGGCGCGCAGGCCCGACUACGCCGUCUUCAUGCUCAAGUACUUCAUGUGCCUGGUGGUGGGCAUCACCUCGGGGGUCUGGGUCUGGUCCGGGAAGACGCUCGAGUCCUGGCGCGCGCUCUGCACGCGCUGCUGCUGGGCCAGCAAGGGCGCGCCGGGCGGCGGCGGCGGCGGCGGGGGCGCGGGCGCGCAGGGGCGCGGCGGCCCGGGGGGCGGCGGCGCGGGCGCGGGGCCCGGCGGCGGAGGGGGCUCGCUCUACAGCGACGUCAGCACCGGCCUGACCUGGCGCUCGGGCACGGCCAGCUCGGGGUCCUACCCGAAGCAGAUGCCCCUGUCCCAGGUCUGAGCGCGGGGUGGGGCGUGGGGGGCGCGCGCGGGAUUCCCACCCCCCCGCCCCGGGGUGUUGACUGCUAUUAGCAUGAUAAUGAACUCUUAAUGGUAUCCAUAGCUGGGACUUAAAGGACUCGCUUAGAACAAAGUUCCUGGCGUGGAAGCCCCCCGGGAGCCGGCCCCCUCCUCCCGCGCCGGGUGCUCCUGCCGCGCGGGCCCGGCUGGGCGGACUCCGCCGGGCUUUCCGGAGCCCCCCUCGCCGACCUGGCAGCCAGCGCUCCACGAUGCUGCCCGGAGACCCCCUGUGCUGUGCGUCCACUCUGGAGCGAGGGGCGAGCCGACUGCGGCCGUCCGGGGCUGCACGGUUUGGGUCAAUCUUUCCUGACCGGGCACAUGCCUUAAAUAAGCAAGCAAGAAAUGUCUUAAUCACCCAAUCCAAGUAAAUACGGGUUUCUGACGCUAGAGGAUGUAUUUAUAUAAUUAUUUGUUACAUUGUAAAAAACAAAAACAAAAAACAAAAACGUGUACCAUAUGUAUAUAUCCAAAGAUAUACAACGUGUACAUUUUUUUUGUAAAAAGUGUAGAGGCGACCCCUGUAAGAACAAAUAUAAGUAUUCUAUUUUGUCAAUAAAACGACUUUUGAUAAAUGA